GGCUGCCCGCGGAGGCAAUGAGGCCUCUGGUGCGGAGCUGCUGGGGGCCGCUGCCAGGGGCCGGCGGCGCGGGCUGGAGGCCGAGCCCUCGGUGGCGAGCUCUGGUCGGACUGAGCGGGUGCUCCGGGGGGGAGGACGGCCGAGGCACUCGAGUCCGCGAGAAGCCGCCCUGGCGGGUGCUCUUCUUCGGCACUGACCAGUUCGCCUGCGAAACGCUGAGGGCGCUGCACGCCGCCAGGGAGAACAAAGAGGAAGAGUUAAUUGAAAAGUUGGAGGUGGUCACAGUGCCCUCCCCAUCACCAAAAGGACUGCCGGUGAAGCAAUAUGCUGUCCAAUCUCAGCUUCCAGUGUACGAGUGGCCAGAUGCGGGAUCUGGAGAAUAUGAUGUCGGAGUGGUAGCUUCAUUUGGCCGACUUUUGAGUGAGGCUCUUAUUCUUAAAUUUCCCUAUGGCAUCUUGAAUGUCCAUCCCAGUUGCCUCCCGAGGUGGCGUGGUCCAGCCCCUAUAAUCCAUACCGUCCUUCACGGAGACACAGUUGCUGGAGUAACGAUCAUGCAAAUUAGACCUAAAAGGUUUGAUGUAGGUCCAAUUCUCAAACAGGAAACGGUUCCUGUGCCACCCGAGAGCACCUCAAAGGAAUUGGAAGCAGUGCUGUCAAGACUGGGUGCCAACAUGCUUGUUUCGGUUUUGAAAAAUUUGCCUGAAAGUUUGAACAGUGGAAGGCAGCAGCCAGCUGAGGGGGUGACACAUGCCCCUAAGAUUUCUGCUGCCACCAGCUGUAUAAAAUGGGAGGAACAAACUUCAGAGCAAAUAUUCAGACUUCAUCGUGCCAUUGGAAAUAUAAUUCCGUUGCAGACACUCUGGAUGAAUAAUACCAUUAAACUUCUGGAUUUGGUAGAAGUUAAUAGUUCAGUCCUCACUGAUCCAAAAUUAACAGGACAGGCUGUUAUUCCAGGAUCAGUAAUAUACCACAAACAGUCACAAAUACUGCUGGUUUGUUGCAAGGAUGGCUGGAUUGGUGUUCAAUCAGUGAUGCUCAAGAAAACACUGAAAGCUAUUGAUUUCUACAAUGGAUAUUUACACCCCUGGUACAAGAAAAAUUCCCAGGCUCAACCAAGCCAAUGCAGAUUUCAGACUCUCAGACUUCCACCGAAGAAGAAACAGAAAAAAAAAAUUGUUGCUAUGCAAUAGUGCAACAAGUAGUUAGGAAGAAGAUGGACAAGAACCUACUACAUACUUGUAAUUUGUUAAAAGCCUUAUUUACAAGGAAUUGCUUUGACUUUCAAAGAAGAUGACACUGUUGGAAGGAAAGAUGAAUUACCUCGCUUUUCACUUAACAGUAGUUAAAAACAGCCUUUUCUAUUUGAAUAACAAAAGAAGCUUUAAAUUAAAUUUUUAUUUAUAAUA